AUGGCUUCGUCCAGCAGCGAGGAGAGAAGUCCCUCUCGACGCCGGAGUCCGAAGGAGCGGAGCCGUUCUCGAGAGCCAGCUGCGGGAGACGCAGCUUCCAAGGAAGAUGGUGCUGAGACGAAAGAAGACAAUCAGGAGUGGAGGUGGCACAAGGCAUCGCAGCCGGCGCGCUCUGCGGCGCCCAGCCGAGCGCGCGGCGGCGGUGCUAGAAAGAAUUACCGACGGCCGGGUGCGGAAGGCACCUGGACGUGUAUGGACUGCGGUCGCACCGUGGACAAGAACGAAGUGUCGAUAAUACAACAUCGACGCUCCGUCUUCUGUGUCUCCCGCCAGCUCUGGAACGGCGGCAAGGAAACGGAUUGGAACAUGUGCAAGCAGCUGGCGGAGAGUGUGCACCAAGAUGAAGAUCUGGAAGUGCACGACGGUCGAGUGUGGCGGCGCCGCCUGGAUCGCCCCAAGAGUCCGCUUGGGAAGCCCCCCACUGCGGAGCACGGAGAUACGUCGUAUGGCCGCAGUCGCAGUGGGCAAAAGGAACGGCGAAGCGUCUCGCGCGGCGGCCGCAAUAGGCGCUUGCGCCUGCAGGAGCGGACCCGUUCGCGGAGUCGUGAUAGGCGCCGUCGCUCUGCCAGCCGCAAAAGUCGAGCAGGGGCCAAGACCGAAUGUGAGAAGCCUGCUCGCGCGAGCGGCAGACAUGCUGCAGAGGGUGAGCAAGAGAGCGGCCGUGCUGCAAACAGCAAGGGGACGCGGGAGAAGCACGAGGCUUCGAAGGUGAAGAAGCCACAUGAGCCAGAAAAAAGGGCGUCCGCUGAGAAAGAAUCGAAGGUUCCAGAAGAGAAGAAGGAAAAAGAAUCUUCGAGCUACGAGUAUACCUACAGCAGCUCAUCUGAUGAGCAAAAAGAAGGUGAGCCUGGCGUGCCAGAGCCCAAACAGGCUGCGUCCGCGCAGCCGAAGGCCAACCCGAAAGCCAGCGCAGCCCCUGCAGUGGGAAAAAAGGAGAAAGCAGAGGAAGUUUCAGAAGUGCUUUGCAACAGCACUGACCUUUUUGGCACCGACUUGCAGCAGCAGAGUCCAAAAAGGGGCAAUGCGGGGAUCACGGCAGGGGAGAAGACUGGAAAACUCUAA